UCUUAGCAGUUUACUUAUAUUAUCAGUCUAAAUAUUCUGCUAAUGGUAGUAAAAUCCAAGCACUAAAAGCCCGAAUAAAAGAAUAUAACAUUCACUUCGAGGAGUUAAUCAAAAAAGGUGUAGAAAAUGAUGAAAAAAUAUUUAAUUUAACCAAAGUCAACACCGAAAGCAGGGAAUUAAAGAAUUUAAAAAAAAAAUGUGGUUUUUUAGAAAAGAAUUUAGCCGAAAUAGUUGAGGUUUACAGAUCGUUAAUUGAGCAAAAUAAAAAUCUAAAAAAGACUGUCGAGGAAAGUCAACAAAAACUUAGAAAAAAGGAUAAGUUUCUCGAAGAACAGAACAAACUUAUUAAAAUUUGA